AUGGCGGCGGAUGCGGAUUACUCUGAGACCAUGAUGCCUCAUGGACAAAGACCCGUAGAGCCAGCCUCAUCCCUCCUCGCGGCGCAUUUCGCCCCUCAUCUAGCAUCCCAAGGGCACGAUGCACAACGACUCUCGCGCGAAACUUUCUCACAGCUGCGUCAGGAGCUCCUUGGAGAAAGAAACAGCCAACUUCGUGCUGAUGAGGGAAUCACUGAUAUUAACAAGUUGAUAUGCAUCGUCCUCAAAGUUGGCCUGGAGGCCAGUCCGAGCAACGGCAACCCAGAAGGCGAGGUGGAAGGACAAGUCCUUGACUGCCUAGAUAUUAUUCAAGCAAGCAUCGAAAAGGCCCCACAAUCAUUGUGGGAUACCUCAGAUCCGCUCAUACUGGGUGAGGAUGCCCAAGCUCCAUUGUUUGCCUGGCUGAUCCUCCGGUUGAUCAGAUUGGCCAGCAUUUGGCAUACGGGGACUGUCCAGGACCGAAUCCAGCAAGUCGUGAGGGAGAUGGCCUGUAUUCAGCACAAACAAGUACGAUCAUCACCGUCGUGUUACAGUGUUCUAGCGUUUCUUCGAGCUUGUACUUCAGAUAUUCUGACUGUGCUUGAGUCUGCUCAGCAAAAUGGUGGAAGCAUGACUCGCACUGCAAAACUAUCAAUGCCUGCAUCUAUAGGAUCGCUUCCGGUAGAGUUGGAUGACCUGGCCCUUCCUCAGGAUCUCGUUAAGAAAGGUACAGAGCUAGGGUCCUUUCCUCAGACAGUUGCCCUAGCAUCCCGCUUGCUGGAUUCCUUCAGCCCGAACGAAAUUGUUCAUGGAUCUCCCAAACGCCAUGGCCUUGAUCUACGACAAAAUCUCUCUGGGAUAUUGAACGGAUUCAAUCGUUUGCGAAAGAUUAUAGUAAGAUGGUUGCAAGAAGCGGGCUCAAGUCUGGCCUCUACUGAGGAGCAAGUGCUUUUGCAGUAUCUUGCGUAUGCUCGUCGCUUUUGCGUUUCCAAAUCAUUCUCGUCGGUCUUGCUAUCAGAUGUCAAUUUGGAAUCCACAUGGCUCCAAUGUCUCGGUGAUUUUCUCGGGCCCAGUAUCGUUCAUCGACUAUCGAGUCUACAAACAGAGUUGGCUCACCUCCUGGAUGAGACAUUACAAGAGACAAAACAGUCCAAGUCAUUCGAUCAAAAACUAAAGGAAAGAUUGUUGCCAGUCCUCACGGAUCUCGACGACCAGGGUCUUAGGAUGGCUAGCCCGCCCAUCGAAACCUGCCUUUUGAGCUCUCUUCAAUCCCUUCACGCCAGGAUAUUGGACACAACGCCAGUAUGCCUAUCCAAGGCUUCAUCCAAAGACUCGGAUACCGAAAUGACAGGAACCAGCCAACGUCCUGUACUGCUAGACCAGGAUGAGCCGAGUGGAGAAACAGGAGCCCCCAAGCGACUGUGCCUGUCUACUAAGCUUACAACGCAGAGCCUAUUUCCAUUGCUUGUCAGCGAGCUCUCAUCAAUCCUUGAUACGGAUGACGGGACCCUUGCGAGCUUGCGUGAGACUAUCGAGAAAUCAUACGAGAGGCUCCCAGAGACCAAGAGAUGUGUUGCUCUAGAGAUUAUUGGCAAGUUACCUUGCGCCAUGACAGGAAACCUCCUACGAAAACCUUCUGAGGUUAUCUCGCGGGAGAUGCUUUUUUGUCAGUCAUGUGAUGAUGAGCAAAUUCGAAAAAAUGAGUACGAGGAGCGUUCUGAAUUCGCAGAUUUGUGGGCAAUUUUCAACUUCAUUCUUUCGAAACUUACCCGCACACCCGGCCCGCGGAUCGCUGCUAUGGUUGCUUUGAGAAGAGCCUUGAUGCACUCAACAAGCCUGAAUCAAAUGCACCUCUCAACAUCGACGUCAGGGGAAUUCUGUCUCAACUCUCUACGGAGCUCAAUUCGAGAGCUUAGAAUUGCAACUGGACACUCGGUAGUUGCCUUUGUACGCCCAAACCUUCCAAAGGAUACUCGUCGCGCCAAUUUUGUCAUUGUACUGGAGUGGCUGAAGAACCUUUCAGAAAAAGAUGACAUGUCUUUACAGGAAGCUUGUAUAUUGACACUAUGCCGGCUUGCAAGGGUCUCGGAUGACGAGGAGAAAAACAUCAUUUUGUUACGUCUUCUAGAAUACCUUGGACAUCCAAAUCCGUAUGUCUGUGCGGUGGCUUACAAUGAGCUAUCCAAACUUGCACAGCAUUUCUCUUUGACUCCUGCCGGUUUGUUUCGACCGUACUGGAGAACGCUCUCCGUGGCAGUCGUCAAAAACCUCCAAUCUCGCCCGUACAUGGCCGAGCAGUUGUGUGAGCUCCUGGGGAUGAAAGUUGACAGCUUCCUACGGUUGACAGAAGUUCACGUUCUUCCUUAUCUUGUCUUGAGCAGAAGGCGAGACAUUAUCGGCCGAAUCGGGGCAAGUCGCAAUGAAGGCGAAUCGCCUUUUGACGUUUGCUCCGAAAAGAAUAACCUAGCUGCAAUUCUGGCUUUUCUUUUAUCACAGCAGUCCAAUGACCCAGAGACUAUGAUCAUGUCUCUUCUGGCUGAGAUAGACCCCGCUUUUAGGGGCCGUACAUUGGCUGAGCUUGUUCGCAUUGAGCCGAUUCUCAUUGCUUGUGACCUUCUCAAAAACCUUGCAAAUGCUGGGGAUCAGCAUAAGGAGAAGUUUCAUCAAGCACUUCGCCGCCUCGCUACAUUCAUCCCUCGAAAGUCUGCACAGGGAAGCUAUGCCAAAAAGCCAGACCUUCUAAUCCAUUUCAUUGAAGAACAUGUUCUUGGAAUCAUUACGCAAUUUGCGAAUACAAUCAAUGACUUUCAAGUGAGACAGACGUUGGCGGAGAAGAGGCGAAAUCUUAAGGCAAUCGAAGAAAUGAUCAAUAUUGCUGAAGGCCACGUUAGCAAUGCCUUGCCUCAAGUCAGCGCCUGCCUUCGGUCAGCGCUUGAGAUUGAAGAAUUGUGCGACAAUGCGUUUUCAGCCUGGAAAACCCUCGUCCGCUCGCUCAGCGAAGAGGACAUUGAGCCUCUUAUCGAUCAAACGCUAGCCAUUGUGAUCAGAUACUGGGCAAUAUUGACUGGGGAGAGUAGACAAGACGCAUAUCAGCUCAUUGAUCAUAUCCUCACCAGUCACCCGAACCUUGUGCGGGAUACUUUCAAUACCAUGCCCUCGCUCGCUUCUAUUCCCGAAAUGAGUCCACUCGAGGCCAGAAUCAAUGAACUGAGAGCUCAAAUGGACGUUCGAAGUCAAUUUUUGGCGCUUAUGCGUCGCUGCCAGAGCGAAAAUGCAACUGUUGUCGAGCAGGCCUUGAGGGAGUUAUUCUCUUUUCUCUCCAAGAAUGAGGAAUUCCUACAUGUCUCCGUUCUCAGCGAGCAGCCAGACACUGUUAUUGCUCAGCUGACAAGGGCACUGUUAGACUGUUGUGUGAAGUUCAACAGCAGCUCGGAUUCCAUUACUCUGCUUUCCUCGCAGUGCUUAGGGCUCGUCGGCUGCCUUGAUCCUAAUCGAGUGGAAACCAUUAAAGAAAAGAAAGAUAUUCUUGUUCUAUCAAACUUUGAUCGCAUGGAAGAGACCAUGGAAUUCGUGCUCUUCUUUCUCCAGCACGUACUAGUCGACGCAUUUCUAUCGGCCUCUAACACAAGAGCUCAAGGCUUUUUGGCAUAUGCUAUGCAAGGCCUUCUCAAAUUCUGCCAGCUGAACGUGGCUGUCACUCAACGGACUCGGGAUCUCCAGGGCGAUGAGAGGUAUCAGCGCUGGAUGGAACUUCCCGAGAGUGUUCGCAAUACCCUUACACCUUUCUUGACAUCGACGUACACCGUCACUGUCGUCACUGCCAACGCCAAGGUGAAAUAUCCGUUAUUCUCACCAAGCAUAACACACAGCGAAUGGCUUCGAACUUUGGUGCAGGAUUUGCUCGAAACUGCGAGUGGAGACAACGCAAAGAUUGUUUUUGCAGUUUGCAGCCGCGUUGUAAAGGGCCAAGACAUAUCCAUUUCAUCAUUCCUCCUUCCAUUUGCUGUUUUGAACCGCAUUGUCGGUGGCACCGAGCAGGAAAAGGAGGACCUUCGAAACGAGCUCACUAAGGUCCUUUCGAAUCCUCUUCCUGAUACGAACGGUAACCUCCGCGAGACAAUUCUCAGUUGCAGCCAGAGUGUCUUUGAGGUUUUGGAUUACCUGUCCAGGUGGCUCCAGGGCAAAAAGAAGCACAUGAAUGGUUUAAAUCACCAGUCGUACCAAUCAAGUCGUUCACACCGAGAUGCCACUCGAGACCCCCUCCAUGCCAAGUUCGCCUCGCAGAUCAGGUCUGUCGAGUCUCUUCUUGCAUCAAUUCCACCUGAAAAGAUCUCCAAGCGAGCUGUCGAGUGUAAAUCCUAUUCUAGGGCUUUGUUCCACUGGGAACAAUACAUUCGAAAAUGCAAGUCUCGUGUUGAGUCUUCCGAGAAACCUGAGGCCGAGCCUUUAUACCAACGCCUCCAGGAUAUCUACAGCCAGAUUGAUGAGCCUGACGGUAUUGAAGGUAUCUCCAGUCAUCUUUCGGUACUGGAUAUUGAUCAGCAAGUUUUGGAGCACCGAAAAGCAGGGAGAUGGGCGACUGCGCAGAGUUGGUAUGAACUACAGCUCGAAAAGGACCCUCACAAUGUUGACGCCCAAUGGAAUCUCGUUACUUGUCUGAAGGAGUCUGGUCAACAAGAUGCGAUCCUUACCCGCUUUGAGGUCUUGAAAGAAGACAAAACUGCAGCGUUCCGCUUCUUGCCCUUCGCAGUUGAGGCAUCAUGGAUUACCGGCCGAUGGGACAAACUGCAAGGCUACCUGGAGCUGUGUGAAAGACGCGGAGCAGGUGACUUCAACGUGGGCAUUGGCUCAGCCUUGGACGUUCUCCGAAAAGACAAAAUGGAAACUCAUAAAUUCACCGAGAUCAUCAACGAUCUUAGACUCAACGUUGCAAGGUCAUUGACUGCUAACUCUGCGGCUUCGCUGCAGUCCUGCCAUGACGACAUGCUCCGAUUGCAUGCGUUAGCAGAUGUGGAAUCGAUAGCGACUGCUGGGUUUAAAGAACCUCGCUCGUACCAGGAUCUUCUCAAGGCAUUGGACCGGCGUCUAGAUGUCUUGGGUGGUUACCUUGCAGAUAAGCAAUAUCUCCUCGGGCUCAGGCGGGCGGCAAUGGAACUAGCGGGAGCAUUUGCGAACUCGGACAUUGCUGCGGCAUGGCUUACGAGUGCGCAUCUUUCUCGAAAAGGCAAUUUCACAAGCCAGGCCUAUCAUUCAAUGCUACAUGCUGCCCGGCUGCAGGAUAGAUCUGCCACAAUUGAACAUGCGAGACUGCUUUGGAAGGACGGACAUCACCGGAAAGCAAUCCAGACGUUGGAAGGCGCAAUAUCUGCAAACGAUGUCAAUCUGGCAACCUCUUCCUCAGUCAAUUCACAGAUGACGUCGUCCCUUUCAGGUCGUGGACAACACCAAGAUGUGUUGAUCACUGCUCGCGCACACCUCUUGCUUGCCAAAUGGACGGAUCGGGCUGGUCAGACCCAUUCCCAGGCCAUUGUACAACGAUAUCGGGAGGCUAUCAAGCUGUAUCCCAGAUGGGAAAAGGCGCACUAUUACCUAGGAAAGCACUAUAACAAGAUCCUGGAUUCCGAGAAAGCGAAGCCGAUGGGAAAGGAGGCCCAGAUCUACCUGAGUGGAGAGGCCACGAAACUUGUGAUUGACAACUACCUCCGCUCACUGACAUAUGGUAGUAAAUAUGUGUUCCAGACGCUACCAAAGCUUUUGACUCUGUGGCUAGAGCAUGCUUCCAUUGUGGAUCAGCCAAUUGACCCGAAAAGGGGAGACAAUGAGGAAUUUCAGAAACACACCAAGGCACAGCGACAGAAAAGCCUGGAUGAAAUGCAUACCCAGCUGAAGAAAUACAUAGCUUCUCGGUUGCAGCCUGCUUUGCUCUUCACAAUCUUGCCACAGGUAGUGGCUCGGAUCUGCCAUCCAAAUAGCACGGUUCAUGAACUCUUGUCUAGGAUUGUGGUCAAGUCUGUUCAUUGCUUUCCACAGCAAGGCCUAUGGACUGUCUUGGCCGUUGUAAAAUCUUCCAACAAAGAGCGAGCUUCCAGGGGGUAUAACUGCCUUAAGAAGAUUACAGAAUACACCAAUAAGCAUAAAGCUGACUCGUCGGCCCCUGACAUCCACCGCAUGAUAAACCAGGGUCAAAAGUUCUCCGACGAGUUACUUCAGUUGUGCCUUGCGCAUGUCGAAGAAAGGGUCUUCCGGGUAAAUCUGGCUCGCAACCUGGGCUUCAACCAUAAAGUGGCUCCAUGCCGUUUGGUUGUGCCAUUCCAGGCAAUGUUAAUCCCAAGUUUGCCUAGCAGCCAUGAUUCCGAGUACUUGAAAGGGUUCCGGCCAUUUCCCCGAGACCCGACCACAAUUGACGCUGUUCUUGAUGAGGCGCAUAUCUUAAACUCGGCCCAACAGCCGCGUAAGAUCAGUAUCCGAGGAUCCGAUGGGAAGAUAUACAACGCUUUAUGCAAACCCAAGGACGAUCUGCGCAAAGAUCAACGUCUCAUGGAAUUCAACAACAUGAUCAAUCGGUUCCUCAAGCGGGAUGUGGAAUCAAGCAAGCGCCGAAUGUACAUCAAAACGUAUGCCGUGACGCCCUUGAAUGAGGAAUGUGGUUUGAUCGAGUGGGUCGACAAUCUACGUACGUUACGAGACAUUGUUGUCAAGCUUCUUCGCGAACGGGGUGUGGCGCCAAAUUAUACCGAGAUUCGACACUAUCUCGAUGAAAUAUGUGCAGAUCGAUCAAUGUCCAAACUGCCUUUGUUUACAACAAAGAUAUUGGCCAAGCUUCCUCCCGUCCUUCACGAAUGGUUCAUAGAAAUGUUUCCAGAGGCCGAGGCAUGGUUUGCGGCACGGCUACGGUAUACGCGGUCUUCUGCUGUGAUGUCGAUGGUUGGAUACGUUCUCGGACUCGGCGACCGGCAUGGAGAGAACUUGUCCUUCGAGGAAGGUACCGGCGGCAUUCUACACGUCGAUUUUAACUGUCUCUUCGAUAAGGGUCAGACGCUUGGGAAGCCCGAGGUGGUCCCGUUCCGACUGACACAAAACAUGAUUGACGCAUUUGGUGCUUAUGGAUACAAUGGUCCAUUCCGGCGAACCUGUGAGAUCACGCUCCGUCUCUUGCGACAGAACGAAGACGCAUUAAUGACCAUCCUCGAAACCUUCCUGCAUGACCCGACCACUGACUUCAUCGGGAAAAGACGCCGCACUCAUGUCAAUGUCCCAGACACACCAGCUGGAGUCUUGGAAGAUGUCCGAAACAAACUCCGCGGCUUCAUGUCGAAACAACCAAUCCCCCUCUCUGUGGACGGGCAGGUGGAUGAAUUGAUCAUGCAGGCGACCGAUAAAAAGAACCUGGCAGUGAUGUAUAUCGGAUGGUGUGCAUUCUUUUGA